CUCCCCUCACCCACUCCCUCUCCCAUCCCGCCCUUCAUCGAGUUUCAUUUUCAAUUACCUUCAUAUACUGAAGAUCAACUUAGUAUAUACUAAGCAAGGAUUUCAACAGGCUGUACUCACACAACCGCACAAGGUAUAGGGUAUUGUUUGACUAGUAGUGUUGUUUUUAAGUUUCAUAGUAAAACACAUUAAGGACAGAGAUCCUACAUGGGGAGCAUGUACCCAGUGACUCCCGUUGUUGAUUUAGCAAUUGGCACUCUUAUUUAUGACGUCAGCAAUCACCAGAGACUCUUGCCAUGAGCUGUCGAGGCUAUGGAAGCCCUUUGAGUUCAUUGACUCUGAACUUGUUUAGUCAAGGCCAUAUCACAGUGGAGGUUCCUUCCUCCCUUCAGAGAAAGGCGCCUCCCUCCUUGAUGGCCUGUUCCUUCCACUGGGGUCUUGUUCACCAGGAUCUUUCAUUUAGAUUGUUUUUUUUGCCACCAUGUCAUGGCUUUCCAUGCCUGUGAGACUCUCAUGGACCUUUUAGCCAGAUCCGAAUGUCCCAAUGGUUGAUUCUGAGGCAGGAGUGCUGCCAUUCUAUGAGUCUGCUGUGUGUCCUGUUUCCCCCGCAGGAUCAUUCUCUCCCUUUUAAUUCUAUCCUUCAUUAUUUGCUUACACUGGUCUUAUUUGUGAAAUCUCAUCGACACAUACCCUAUCUUUUUGAUCUGUUGUGUAUUUAUACUUAUCACUUUACCAAGUGCGCUGGCAUUGGUACCUGCCUCCUUGGUAAGAUUGAGUUGAAAUCCCCUGGCACAUUUCUAGUUCCACCAUUGGAGGUAAGUCCGAGUGAGCAUGUGCCAACCUAUAUAUCUCCUCCCUCUCUUAUUCCCACUCCUAUGUUUAACAGAGAUCUGUAGUUGUGUUUUAGAAAAGUAAGAAAAGAGACAAAAACAAAACACUCAGCUUAAAGUAGAUAAAUCAAAUAAAGAGCAACUUGAAACAUAAAAUCAUAUGUAGUUUUCUUUAUUAUAAAGUCUUCAACUCUAUCCCGGAAGGUUCACUUUUGUUCUUUUGUUUGUUUCUUUUUUUUUGUUUUGUUUUGUUCUUUUGUUUUGUUUCUCUUGUUGGGGUUUUUUUAAUUUUAAAAAUUUAUUUAUUUUGGAAGAGUUACACAGACAGAGAAGGAGAGGCAGAGAGAGAGGUCUUCCAUCUGCUGGUUCACUCCCCAAAUGGCCACAACGGCUGGAGCUGUGCUAAUCUGAAGCCAGGAGCCAGGAGCUUCUUCCAGGUCUCCCACGUGGGUGCAGGGUCCCAAGGACUUGGGCCAUCUUCUACUGCUUUCCCUGGCCAUAGCAGAGAGCUGGAUUGGAAGUGGAGCAGCCAGGACUUGAACUGGUGCCCAUAUGGCAUGCCAGCACUGCAGGUGGUGUCUUUACCCUCUACACCACAGCGCUGGUUAGGUUUAUAAUAUAAAUAAUUGACCCUAUCAUAGAAAUUCUUAUCUCCUAAUGAGCAAUUAGAUAGGAUCAGCACAGCGUGCCAGCCACAACACGCUGGCCAUAGCAGCCACUUGGGGAUGAACCAACGGAAAAGGAAGACCUUUCUCUCUUUCUCUCUAUCUCUCUCUCACUGUCUAACUCUGCCUGUCAAAAACAAACAAACAAACAAACAAAACAAAAAAAAACUCUCCUAAGAUUUGUUAUUAAAAUGUAAAAUUAUUCUAAUUUUAAAAAAAUUCACACUUAUGAAUACUAUGUCUAAAGUAGAAUGAUGCAGUAUAUUUACCAUGAUUAAUUUAAUAUCUUAUUUUUCUUUAACUCUGUAUAAGAGAAAAUGAUGUAAAUACUAUAAGGAAUUAAGAAAGGAAAUGGCACAUACAGUGUCCUUAAAUCUUAGGAACCAAAGUUUAACCUUGAUCUAAAAGCACCGGUAGUGAUAUUUCUCUUCCUCUCCUCUUCUCCCUCUCCCCUGCCCCUCCCCCUCCCGAUUUACUUAUUUAUUUGAAAGGCAGAAUUACAGAGAGGCAGAGAGGCAGAGAGAGAGAGAGAGAGAGAGGUUGUUCUUCCAUCUGGCUGGUUCACUUCCCAGAUGGCUGCAAUGGCCAGAGCUAUGCUGAUCUGAAGCCAGGAGCCAAGAGCUUCUUCCGAGACUCCCAUGAGGGUACAGGGGCCCAAAGACCUGGGUUAUCUUCCAGUGCUUUCCCAGGCCAUAGCAGAGAGCUGGAUCAAAAGUGGAGCAGCCAGGUCUCAAUUUGGCACCCAUAUGGUAUGGUGGCACUGCAGGCUGCAGUCUUACCCACUAUGCCAUAGCGCUGGCCCCUCCUUUUUUUUAAAUAUUCAUUUAUUUACUGAGAGCAGAGUUAUGGAGCGAGGGAGACACACACAGAGAGAGAGAGAGGUCUUCUAUCUGCUGGUUUAUUCCCCAAUUGGCUGCAACAGCCGGGGCUGGGCUUAUCUGAAGCCAGGAGCUAGGAGCUUCUUCUGGGUCUCCCACAAUGGUACAGGGGCCCAAGCGCUUGGGCCAUCUUCUACUGCUUUCUCAGGCCAUUAGCAGGGAGCUGGAUCCGAAGUGAAGCAGCCAGGACUCGAACUGGCAUGCAUAUGGGAUGCUGGUACCAGCCCGUAGAUGUUUUGCCUACUUAUGCCACAGCACCAGCCCUGAAUGAUAUUUCUGUAGCGAAAAAUGCUUCAUUGAAUUAUGUGCAUAUUCAUUUAAUAUCCAAGUUUAGUUAAAAUUAUGAAUAAAGGUAUCCUUUCUACUUCAUUGGAUAUCAGCAAAAAUGCCUCCUUUUCAACAGAUCAUUGUUAAAAAUUUUGAUGUAAAAAACCCUCAUAUUAGGAUUAUGCUUUUAAAGGUACUCUUUUUUGGAUAGUUCAUUACAGAAAACUAUAAAGACAUUUCUCUGUGCUUUUAAAAUGAUUAGCUUUACAAGGAAUAGGUAGAAGAUAUUCAUUUUUAAAGUAUUAAAUGACUUUUUCACUUUCGGUUCUAAGUGUAUAUGAAUUAACUGUUAUACAAAUCUGUAUACAGACUGUAUACAGACCUUAUACAGAUUUUGGUGCUCUAAUAUUUCGGGAUAAAUUUCUCAUAUUUUGCAAAGCAGUGAAAAUUCCUGAGUUUUUCUGUAAACUAGAUUUGUUUCAUUGUUUAAAUUAGUGCAUAUGAGAAAUCUUCAAAAAGUUCAUGGAAAAUUUUAAUCUAAUUAAGAGAUGUUUAUUUUGCUGCAAAAUUUUUUUUGAAAGCUAUAUAUAGUUUCUUCCCCCCCAAAAUGCAUUUUCUAUGAUCUUUUGGAGCCAACUCAAAUGCCUGGAUUUAAAUUUUUUUUGCACCCAAAUAAACUUACCUUUUAAUUCUGACUUCUAUUAACUUUUUGAAGUGUCCCCAUAGGUGAAAGUUACUACUAUAGUACCAUCCUCAGUGAGCGUUUAUUAUAUUCUAAUUUUUUUUACAUACUGGAUGCCAUGUAAAACAAACUAACAGAUCCUUUUGAGUGUCAAAGCAGCUCGGUAGCUGUUUGUUUCAUCUCUGUGUGUGCAGUAUCAUGCAUGUAUCUGAAUAGUCGCCAAGAGCACAACAGGCAUAAAGUUUAUCAUCUCAAUGUAUAGUGAUCAGCAGAAAGAGUGCUGCAAAGUAAGGUUGCAGUAUUUCUGUUUAAAAUUAUUUCAUCAACAAAUAGAUAAGGAAUAGAAUAGCAUUGACACAUAAUUGUAUAUCUUGAAAUGCCUGAUUUAAGAUUUAGAAGCUUAGUCUUGCAAGUUGAUUGGCAUUUCUUGGUCCAUUGAACAUUAGACAGGCUUUUGUUGAAGACAUAGCUUGCAGUGCUGUGUGGCACAGGCCCAUAUCAGCUUACUAGAGCAGAUUGUGCAAAGUUGCAGAGUGAGGCUUUUAUUUUUUUAAUUAAAGAACUUUUUAAUUAAAAGAAUUUUAAACCCUGGGACAGAUGAUGGUUAACCAUUUAGCAGCUCACUAUCGCUUAUAAAUACCAUUAAUGAAUGAAAAGCAGGAAAGUUUCUUGAAUUCGAUAGAAAAUGAUAGUAUCACACCAGAAAGAAAGGAAAGUUGUUCAGUGUUCUGUUGGCCUGUGGUCUAGUAGGUUUGGCACAAAUGGAAUCCCUUACUAUGAAAACUUGGGCAGGCCAUCACUGUAAGUCCCAGGGGCCUCCUCUGUGAAAUGGAUGUUAUGGGGAUUAAAGGGGGGUUUUGUCUGUACAUUGAUCACCCUUUUGUGUCCUCUCCUGGUGCCUGCUGGAGGGCAGCAGAAGCAUCCUGUAAGAGUUUGUGACUGCCUCUCUCCAUGCUACUUAGUUCAUCUUUUUCCAGAAUUGGCAGCAGAACGUGCAUGAGGGAUGACAUACAUAAAAUUGCAGGCCUUCAGAUUGUGCGGCAGUGGUCGUGGAUACAGAGCACUUCACUGCAUUUGGCUGUUACUCAAGAUUCCAGUAACUGAGAAGUAUUUGUUGGCUGACUCCGUCCAGGAGAGAAGCUGCUAUGGAGCAGAAACAAGAAAUCCUGUUGUUGUCUCAUGGCGUGAGAUCUUUUCCAUUGAGUGUUGGAGAAUGUACGGUUGCUCUAAAACAGGAAGCUCAUGUCACUGAAGCGCGUUCAUUCUUUACAUGAUGCACUAGGUUUUAUUAUUUGAAUCUGAUACCUCACAGUGCCAUGGCUCUCCAGUAUGGUUUAAAAGGAUUUACUUGGCCAAACUGAGGAAUAAUUGCUGGUAUAUUUUAAAUUCAGAAAUAUGUGUUAAAAAUGUGAAUUUCAAAGGAGGUUACUUCACUAUUUGUACUUUUUGCUAUAUAGAUAGAGAAUUAAAGAGUGAAUAUUUAUCCUGAAAACUGUUGGAACUCUGUCAUUCUCAUUAAUGAAACAAGAUAGCAUUUUGAAAAUACACCUCUGUUAAACUUAAUUAAAACAUAAUUUAAAGAGUUCAUUAUUUAUAAUGAAAAUUUAAAUUUUUAAUAAGGUGCAUUCUUACAUAGAAGACUGAUUUCGUUAGGUCUGGAAAAUUAAAAUAGAUUGCAAAUUUUAUUGCUUCCUUAUUAGGAUUCUGAAAUCAUCAUCUUUAAGAAGUUUAAUUUUCAAAGUAUUUUCCAUAUUUAAGAUCUAUACAAUUAAAUUGAAAAAUAGUUAAUACUUUCUGGUCUGUAAUUACUCAAAGGCUGUCCUGUCCACUUUGUUUGCCACUGUCCACACUGGACCACUGAGUACUUACAGUGUGGCUAGUCUGAAUAGAAAUGUGCUGAAAUUAUAGAGUUAAAAUAUACUGGCUCUCAAACGCUUAGUAUGAAAAAGUCAUAUAAAAUACCUCAGUUCAUAGUGUGGUAUGAAGUAGAUGCUCGUUUGAGGAAUGAAUGUAUGAUUGAAAGAGAGGAGAUGGAUAGGGAUUUUGUCUGAAGAGACUGAAAUAGUUCCCAGCCCAUAGAGUGCACACGAGAAAUAUUUGAUAAAAAGUGAAUAUAGCUAGAAACACACACACGCAUAUCCAUGCUCAGAAACAAAGUCCUUAGAGAGAAAUGGUCACCAGUAUAUUUCAGACAAGAUCUCAGUCCUCACACUAUCAAUUAGUUUAAAGCAUCUCCGACUUUAUAGUGUUCAGUGACAUAUUUACUUCAUUAUGAUUUUAUUUUGCUACUGUUCUUUAAGUUACACAUGAAAAACCUCUAUGGAAAUAAUUGGAAUAAGACUCAGAAAUUAACAUUUCAAAAGUACUGAAUUUGUGUGACCAUAAAUUGUGUUUUCCUGGCUUAAUGUUUAAUGAAAUCAUGACUUCAGGAUGGAAGAAAUCUUCAGUGAAUUCAGUGAAUGUAGAUGUUAGUAGUGUAAUGGUUAAGGUUUGAGUAGAGACACUGACAUCAUUUACUUAGUAGGAUAGAAGAAAGAGGUGCAUUUCAAUAAUAAAACUGUGAUAGUGGGGCAAGCGUGUAGUAAGUAGUUAGGAUGCCAUUGAGGCACCUGUGUUCCCUAUCUAGAGUGCCUAGAACACAUCCCAGCCACUCAGUUUCCCAUCCAGCUUCCUGCUAAUGUGCACCCUGGGAAACAGCAGAUGAUCAUUCACAUACCUAGGUCUCUGCCACCCUUGUGGGAGAGACAGGGAAGCAAUUCAAGGCUCCUUCCUGGCUUCUGCUUGUCUCAGUCCUGGUUGUGGUAAACAUUUGGAAAGUUGACCAGUGGAUGAAAGAUGUUUCUCUUUCUCUGUCUCUUCUUCCACCUACCUACCUGCCAACCUUCUUUCUUUCCUUCAAGAUUUAUUUAUUUAUUUGAAAGCCCAAGUUAGAGAGAGAGAGAGAGAAAGAGAGAGAGAAAUCUUCCAUCUUCUGGUUCACCCCACAAAUGGCCACAAAUGGCCAGGGCUGGACCAGGCUAAAUCCAGGAGCCCAGAGCUUCCUCUGGGUCUCCCACAUAGACGGCAGAGGCCCAAGUACUUGGGCCAUCUUCAGCUGCCUUCCCAGGUGCAUCAGCAGGGAUGCUGGAUCAGAAAUGGAGCAACCAGGACUUGCAUUGGUGCUCAUAUUGGGAUGCUGGUGUUGCAGCUGGCAGCUUUACCUGCUGCACCACAACACUGGCCUCUCCACUUUUCAAAUAAAGUGAGUAUAAAUAAAAAUUUUAAAAAAUAAAAUUGAAUUUGUGAAAAUGUGAAGGUAUGAAGUUUAUAUUGCAAACAUAUUUAUUGUAAAUUUCAUUUAUUUCUGGGCAAGCAUAAUACAAAUGAUUUCCUUUGCAUAUUUUUUUCACUAGAUUUAUAAACCUGGAAAUACAUUUUUCACUAAGAAUUUUCAUGAACUCCAGAGAUACGAGGAGUACGUCAGUUGGCAAAUGAUAGCACAAAGUGGGUAAAAACCAAAUUCAAGGCACAUAGAGGGAAUAGGGAAGCUGUUAGGUUGCUGCUUCCAAAUGGUUGAACAGGUCUUCAGGGUUCAGACCAACUUAAGCUUUUUGUGUUAGGUUAAGCGAUUUCCAUACAUUCACAUCAGGCUCUCCCCUGGGGUCUCUGACUGCUUCCUGAUUCUCAGUUCUUGUCACUCCUAUUUUCUGUUCCACUGACACUGAACUUAUGGUCCCUCCCACUCUUGUCUCUAGGUCAUGGCAAAUGGUCUUUGGAUGCCUUCCUUAUAACCCACCAAUUUGCCGAAGUCCAGCUUACAUACUCUUUUCUAGGGGAGAUCUACCCAUUUCUUGGCUUCUGUUAAAUCUUGCUAUGAGCCCAUAUAGCGCUCCUGAUUUCCUUUUAGAAGCAUUAUUACAUUUUCUCCACAGAGUGCCAAAUUGUCUAAUUUUACAUGUGUUGAUGGAAGUUAUUGUUCUCAGUAUGCUGUACAAUCCCCGAAAGCCUCUUUAUUUCCUUGACUAUGAGGUUGUCAUUAUUCUUGCCAUAUUUUAAUGUAUAAUGUUUUUUUCCUCCUGGAAAUAUGACAAAAACAGCUUUUCUCCAUAAAUUACUAAGAAAUUAUUUACUUUACUGUGUUUUCAUGGAAUUCAUAAAUCAUGUAAACAGGACAUGUUAUGAAUUAAUUGGCAUAUCAUCUAUAUCUCGGAAUGGGUUAAGGAAUUGCCAAGAGUGAUCAAGCCUGCUCUCUUUCUGGCUCAGGGUACAGUGUUGACAGCCAAACGAAGAGCUGCUUCAAUACAUCCACUCUCAUAUUCAAGUUUUUCCAGAUGUGGGGAGUAAUUAGCUCUUUGCAUUUAUUGAAGCCUUUAUGCUUUUCAGGCGGAAGCUGGCAGCUGUAAUGAAUGAACUCUGCUUGAGUGUGUGCGUGUGUGUGUGAUGUGUGAAUGUGCGUAUAGGCAGGCACACAUAUGGCAUUUGCCAAUAGUCAAAUAAGACCAGACCUGAAAACAAAACAAAACAAAAAGCUGAUUUCAAUAAACACUAACAAUUUUUACAGCUAUAUUUCACAAUUGAGAGAAGAGAGCUUUCUCCAACAAUGAGGAUAAUUAAAUAAUCAUUUGCAUUUGUUAAAGGAUGUUUUUAAAUGGCAAAAUCAUUACUGUCAUAAAACAUAAACACAUUUCAGAGAUUUUUAAUUUAUUAAUAAAUGAGGGCAUCUGUAAGAUGGUGCAGUUGGUUCAAAGGUGAAUUUCAAGAGCCACACAUAAAUGAGUAAUAAGGAAAGCUGAAAUUAAUUUACAAAUAGAUGCAGAAAGGACCUAUCUGCAGGCAGUGAUCAAUUGCUUUCCCCAGGACACAAUUAAUUUGCAUUUCUAUGGAUAAGAAUUAUAUUGUUAUCUAUUUUCAACAAUUUAUGGAAUUGUAAAGGAGUUUAAAGAUAAUGAAAGACUGGUAUAUCCCCAAAGGGAACAUUAGAUAAGAAGCCAGUAAUUUGAAUGUAGGUGCCAGUUUCGAAGUCUUCAGUUAUGCCUGACACAGCUCUCUGACAACUCCAGCAAAGGGAUGCUUUUUCAGGAGUCUGGGCCUGCCUGACCCUGUGGAUCUGAUUGAAAGCCACAUGCAGACCACUCAAGCCUUGGGCUUUUCCCGGCAGUGAGGAUUGCAGGAGUGAUUAUGGAAUUAGCUCAUCCUUAAUGAAAAUCCAACUAACGGCUCAGGGGAGUUGCGGAUUAACCCACAGUCUUGCAGUUUAGUGAAUGCUUUUGUUCAUGUAGACAUUGAACAAGAUUACUUUCGCCUCUCUCUAGAAGUAGACCGCAUAGUCUUAAUUUUUGGCCUCCCAACAACAUUCAACCUGGAAAUUUUGGUGCCCAAAAUUAUUUGCAGUUGCUUGUUCUUUUCUUCCCUCCAAUAUCAUCUAGUUAUGUAGUUCUCAUUUGUGAGUAGGUUCUAUAUUUGUGAAAAUCAGAAUACAACUGUAGGAAAACACUAGAGAUCUUGUUUUAAUAGCAUAAUUAUUGAUGUAUUCUUUUUAUUUCUAAUUAAUGAGCAAUAAUGCAGUAAUGAAAUAGCCAUUACAAAAGAGAAGAUAUGUUAAUGAGUAUAAAUUAUAAACAUAGAUUGGGCUAAAAUAUUAAGCGGAACUCUUCUCUUUUAUAAAGAUGACAAAUUGCCCUGGAGUGCUUACCUUUCUUGUUGGGAGAAAUUAUUCCUCCUUCCUCAUCCAUUAGUAAAGUUCUCUUUGGGGCAGAUGCCAAAUGGUGAGUAAAUAUGCCCCGCUGAGGUGAAGUAACUAGGGAUUCAAGUGAGAAGCAAGAGCCCCCUGGGGAAAAGUCCUCAAAAAACAAUGAAAAAUAGAAGUCCAGGCACAAAAAGGAGUGUGAAAAAGCUGUCAAAAAGAAAACAAUCAGGCAAACUAAUUCUUCUCUCACCUGAUUGUUUAGGAUGUUUUAUAAGAAAUGUUGAAUUACUAUUUUAAAUUUUAAAAAAUCAGUUUAUUGCUGUAAGUUUUUUUUUUUUUAACUCAGUACUGAAUCUUGAUCUAGUUCAAGUGUUUAUUUUGCAUUUUCAUUUGCAAGUCAGUUGUCACCAUGUUGGAGAAAAACACGUUUCCUUCCUUUUUUUAAAAAAGAUAUAUUUAUUUAUUUGAAAGUCAGAGUGACUGAAAGUGGAGAGAUACAGAGAGAGAUCUUUACAUCUGCUGGUUUCGUCCCCAAGUGGCUGCAACAGUCAGGGCCGAGCCAGGCCAAAGCCAGGACCCAAGAGCUUCAUCUGGGUCUACUAUGUGGGUGGCAGGGCCAUCUUCCACUGCCUUUCCCAGGCCAUUAACAGGGAGCUGGAUGGGAUGUGGAGCAGCCGGGACACAGAGCAGCAUCCAUAUGGGAUGCAAGCAUCACAGGCGGUUGCUUUACCUGCUGUGCUAUAAACAUUCAUCAAAAACGUGAAGACAGUUGUUGCACAUGACCUGAAGAACCCUGAAGACAGUCAAGCACUAUGUGAUUGAGAUGAUGGCAUAGAUGUGUGUCCUUGGAGUUAUGUCUCUGGAGACGUAAACCUAACUACCUGAUAGCAGCCAUGGGAACAGAUUUGCUAAUACCAAAGUAUAACGGGGUCUGAUGAUUUUUCUUCUUGUUAUUAUUGUUUACAUGACAGAAGAGAGAUAACCCCCAUUGCUGGUUCACUCUCCAUAUGCCUACAUUGACCCAGGACCAAAGCUUACAUCUGGGAACUCAUCUAGGAAUCCCAUGCUGACAGGGACCCAAUGGUUGAUCCAUCACCACUGCCUCCCAGGGUCUGCAUUGGCAGGAAGCUAGAGUCAGGAGCUGGAGCUAAAAGUUGAACCUAGGUACUCUGAUAUGGGGUGUGGGCAUCCUCAGCAGCAUCUUAACAAUUAUGCCAAAGUCCUGCUCCAACAUUACCUUAAUAGAAAAACCAGAUAAGGACACUAGAAGAAAAGAAGGCUAUAGACCAAUAUUUUUGAUGAACAUAGAUGCAAAAACCCUCAACAAAAUACUAGCAAACCAAAUCCAACAGUACAUUAAAAAGAUUAUUUACCACAAUCAGUUGGGAUUCAGCCCAGGAGUGCAAGGAUGGUUCUGUUUACAUAAAUCAGUAAAUGUGAUACACUACAUCAACAGAAUGGAGGACAAAAAUCAUGUGAUAAUCUCAAUACAUGCAGGUGAUAAGAUUGAACAUUGCUUCAAGCCAAAAAAAAAAAAAAAACCCAACUUUGAACAAAUUAGAUAUGGAAGGACUAUAAUAAAAGUCAUAUAUAACAAACCAACAACUCUAAAAUCAUACUGAAUGAGAAAAAGCUUGAGGAUGUCUCUCUUGAGAUCUGGAAAAAGCAAAGAUACCAACAUUCACCAUUUUUACUCAACAUAGUAGUGGAAGCACUAACCAGAGCAAUUAGGCAGAAAAAGAAAGCACAUCAAAAUUGGAAAGGAGGGAAAUCACAUUGUCACUGUUUACAGAUGAUAUGAGCUUAUAGGAAAAAAUCUCAGAGACUCCACUAAAAAGCUAUUAGGAUUAACUAACAAAUUCAGCAAAGUUCCAAGAUUUAAAGUCAACAUAUAAAAAUCAGUAGUGUUAUUAUAUACCAAUAGCAAAUUAUAUGAAAAAAAGAAAUCAAGAAAGCAGUCAAUUUCCAGUGGCUACAAAAACAAUAAAGUACCUAGGUAUAAAUUUAAUCAAAGUGAAAGAUUUCUACCAUGAAGACUAUAAAUCGUUGAUGGAAGAAAUUGAAGAGGACUCAAAGAAACAAAAAGACAUCCUGUAUUCAUGGAUUGGAAGAAAAAAGAUUGUUGAAAUAUCCAUACUACUCUAUUUCUCUCUCUCUCUCUCUCUGUCACUCUGCCUUCCAAAUAAAUAAGUUAAUAAAUCUUUUUUUAAAAGUCCAUAAAAAAUAAUUAGUAGAUUCAGGGCAAUUCCUACCAAAUACCAAUGACAUAUUUCACAGAACUAGAAAAAAACACAACUGAAUUUUGUAUAACAUCCCGAAUAGCCAAAGUAAUCUUAAGGAAAAAAAAAAAACUCAAAGUCACACACGUUAGACUACCUGGCUUUAAAAUAUAUUAUAAUGCUAUAAUAUAUAACAUUACCAUGAGAAAAGAUACAUAGAAGAAUGAAACAGAACAGAGACCUGAGUAGGAAACCUAGGUAUCUACAUGCAACUGCUCUUUGACAAAGGUGCUGAGAGCAUGCAUUGGAAAAUGGUAUUCUUUUCAAUAAAUGAGGCUGGGAAAACUGUAUAUCCAGAGAUGUAGAAGAAAGAAACUAGGGUUUAAACUGCUGCCUGCAAUGCUAGCAUCUUGUAUGAUCUCCAGGUCGAGUCCUGGCUGUUCUGUUUCUGAUCCAGCUCCCUGCUAAUGCUUCUGGGAAAGCAGCAGAAGCUGGCCUAAGUACGUGGACCCCUACCACCCAUGUGGAAGACCACAGUGCAGUUCUAGGCUCUCAUCGUUAACAAAAAUCAAUUCAAAAUAGAUUAAAGACCUAAAUGUAGAACCUAAAACUCUGAAACUAUGAAAAGGAAAAGUAGGGGAAAUGCUUCAGGACUUCGGAAUGGACAAGGAUUUUUCUUUUGGAGUAGACUUAAAAGCACAGGAAACAAAAGCACAAAUAGAUAAAGAUGAUUUCAUAAAACUAAAGAGUUUGUGCAUAGCAAAGGAAAUAAUCAGGGAAAUGAAGAGGCAACCUACAGAAUGGGAGAAAAUAUUUGUUAUUUAUAUAUCUGACAAGGGGUUAAUAACCAGACUAUAUGGAGAACCCAACAACAGAAAAAAAAUCAGAAUAAUGUUUGGUAGUUGUAAAUAGACAUUUCUCAAAGGAAGACAUACAAAUGGUCAACAGGUACAUGAAAAAUAUGCUCAACAUUACUCAUCAGGCCGCACAACUAGAUAUCACCUCAUUCCAGUUAGAUUGGCUGUUAUCAAAAAGACAAAAGGUAAAGGAAUGCUGGCAUAUGUUGAGCACAGAGGAUAUUUGUGCACUGUUUGUGGGAGUGUACGUUAGUCUAGCCUUUGUGGAAAACAACAUGGAGGUUCCCCUAAAAACUAAACAUGGAACUACCAUCCCACUACAAUCCCACUCCUGAGUAUACAGCCAAGGAAGAUGAAAUCCAUCUGUUGAGCAGACAUCUGUAUUCCCAUGAUUAUUGCUGCCCUAUUUACAAUAGCCAAGAAAUAGAAACAGCCUAAGUGUCUAUCCACUUAUCCAUGGAUAUAGAAAAUGUGGUACAUAUGCACAAUGGAAUAGUACUCAGCCAUCAAAAGCUGAAAUCUUAUUAAUUUCAGUGGAACUGGAGGUUGUUGUGUUAAGAGAAGCAAGCCCAACACACACGUACACACACAUGAAGCAAGUAAGGCAUGAUUUCACUCGUACACAGAAUCUAAGAAAAUCUCAUGGGGAAGUUUAAAAGUAUAAUUGUACUUGCCAGAGACUGGGGAGGGGUAGGGUGAAAGAUUAUGGUUAGAUAGGAGUAAGAAGUUCUUGGAUCCUGUUGUACAGCAGGUGACUAUAGAUAAUGAUAAUGUGCUGUAUAUUUCUCUAAAAAAAUUAGAAGACAGGAUUUUGAAUGUUUUUAUGAUAUAAAGUUAAAUGUUUGAGGAGAUACAUAUAUUUACCCUGUUUAGACAUUACACAAUGCAUACAUAUACAUGAUAGUUGCAUAAGUGUAUCAGAACACCACUGGGUACACCGUAACUAUGUACAAUUUUAUGUAUACAAUUUUAUGUUUUAAGACUUUUUAAAAACAAUAUUGAUGUUCAAGACCCUUUCAAUGAGAAUACUCUUUCCUACCCAGGGCUUUUUUCAUAAGUACCGUAGGGGAGUGAAAGAUUCGCUCUACACUCCUUAGUUCUUUUGUGGACUCUUGGUUUGAUACAGAAGCCCAAUUAGUAUAAACGCUGAUUAGUGAGAGGAAAAUAUGAAAGGUUAUUUAAAUUACAUAUACAUAGGGAUCUUCCCAAGAGAGUGAGGUGCAAAGAAAUGACCAAAGUAUGAUGAUUGUGUGAUUUUUUUUUUUGGACAAAGAGCAACACAUUUGUGGAGGAAUGAUGGGACACCUGUAUCUCUGGAGUAGGAUAGUAAAUUCUAGCGACAUUGCCUAGAGAUGUCUGAGGUGGAGAUGUGGAAGCUAGUGGAACAUGAGUGUGACUUGACACAGUUUAUUCCGAUUCAUAUGAGUCUCUGGUGAGUAAGGCUUAGUGUUUGGCUGCAUGUAGAAAAAGACCCAAUGGCCCUUUCUGAUAUAGCGGUGUUCAGCAUAUUUUGAGAUGACAACUCCCUAACUCCUUCACUGUGUGCCAUUAGUGGGGUGGUUGAAAAAUCUUGUGUAUGUAAGGGAGACUUUAUAAUUUUUAAGGUUAUUUUCUUUUGUUAACUUCUGACAUUCAGUUUUUUUCUCUUUCACUACGGGAAAUUAGAGGCAAAGGAAGGUUGUGUAAUGUUCUCUUAAGUGUGUGAUGGAGCUGAACCUGGACUUUGAGAGUCUGGUCAUCGGUAAUGUAGUCCCCAGCUUGGUUUCUUUCUGCAAUGAGGCAUGGGUAGAGUAUGAAGUUAAAAAUGUAGACAACAUAAAUGAAGUGCUCAAUAAGUGAAAGGGAUUAGCAGCUACAUAGAUAUUCCCUUUGGGAGUGCUCCAAGGCAAAAAUAUGUAUUAAAAUACAACAUUAAACUUUUUUUUUUGUAAAAAAAAAUUGAUAGGGAGUUUUGACAUGUGAUAGCUAUCCAUGAAGAACACUUUCUUCUUAUUUCCCAAGUCAGGUUGUAGACCUAUUGACAAGAGAGCUUUGCUAUGAUAAAGUGCAGGGCUUAAAAUGUUUUAGAGAAAACUUUACAUGAAUUUUAUAGUACACUUAUAGGUGAAAGGAAAAAAGAUGUAUUCAAUCAAAAGUAAUGGUGUUUCAGAGCUUGCCAAACAGUCCAUUAAAGAGUUCAUCCAGCAAGUCCUGAAUGAUGGGAUUUUUAUUCCCUACCUAAUUAAGCACAAAGUAUGUUGUAGUCACUGUUAUAUCUCUAACCCCAAGCACCUACCAUGACAACACUCAUGUACUGGAUAGAUGAGCACAGUGCUCUGGCUAGAUUCUGAGCAUAGUACUCCAUUGAACAACUUCGCAGUUGAAACAGAAUUGAUUUCUUUUGGCCUUAAUUUUUUCCUCUGUAAAAGAGAGAGGGUUUUAGGUGUCUUGAUUUCUUACAGAUCCCAUUUGCUUUAAAAUUCUGAUUCUCAAAUCACAGUGGAAAAUUUUUGUUCACAUUGUACAUUGUGUUUAGUUUCUCUUUCAAAACUUUGGCACGUUAAAUCUCAACAGAUAAUUUUCUCCAGUGCAGUGAAGAGUCAAUAAAAGCAUGCUACGUGAUGGGAAAUAAGAAAACAGCUGCCCUUCAUGCCUGAUGAAGGUGAUUCGCCAUGGGGAAUAGAUGUGGCCAUGAGUAACCCAAGAAUUGUCACUUCACAUACAAACCAAGAGGUGUUCUUUAAGCCUGUUAUUGAAGACCUGAGCAUGGAAUUGGCUAAAAAAUGCACCGAACUAAUUAGUGAUAUCCACUAUAAAGAAGAGUAUAAGAAGUCUAAGGACAAGUGCACAUUUGUAACUGACACUCCAAUGCUCAACCAUGUAAGAAAUAUCAGCACUUUUAUUUCUGAGGCAAAAUACAAAGGCACCACUAAGGCGGACCUUUCAAACUCCCUUUAUAAACGGAUGCCAGCCACAAUCGACAGUGUCUUCGCGAGAGAAGUCACACAGCUGCAGAGUGAGGUUGCCUACAGGCAGAAGCAUGAUGCCGCCAAAGGAAGUUCAGAUUAUGCCCACAUGAAGGAGCCGCCAGAGGUCCGACACGCCAUGGAGGUCAACAAACACCAGAGUAACAUUUCCUAUAGGAAAGAUAUUCAGGAUACCCACACAUACAGUGCAGAACUUGACAGACCGGAUAUCAAGAUGGCAACUCAGAUCUCCAGGAUCGUAAGCAAUGCAGAAUAUAAGAAAGGGCAAGGUGUAAUGCAUAAAGAGCCUAUGGUGAUGGGAAGAGCAGACUUCCGGCACGCUGUGGAAGCCUCCAAACUUUCUAGUCAAAUUAAAUACAAAGAAAAAUUUGAUAAUGAAAUGAAGGACAAGAAGCAUCACUACAACCCACUUGAAAGUGCAGCUUUUAGGCAAAGUCAGCUUGCCACCACGCUGGCAAGCAAUGUGAAGUACAAGAAAGACAUUCAAAAUAUGCACGUUCCAGUUUCAGAUCUCCCAAAUUUGUUGUUUUUAGACCAUGCUCUGAAAGCCAGCAAAAUGCUCAGUGGACGCGAAUAUAAAAAGUUUUUUGAGGAAAACAAAGGCAUGUAUCAUUUUGAUGCCGAGGCCACCGAACACCUGCACCACAGAGGCACUGCCACCCUCCAGAGCCAGGUUAAAUACAAGGAAGAAUAUGAGAAAAAUAAGGGAAAGUCGAUGCUUGAAUUUGUUGAGACACCUUCUUACCAGGCUUCGAAGGAGGCUCAAAAGCUGCAAAGUGAGAAAGUUUACAGAGAAGAUUUUGAGAAGGAGAUUAAAGGGAGGUCUUCGCUGGAUUUAGACAAGACUCCAGAGUUCUUACACGCAAAGUACAUCACCAACCUUUUGAGGGAGAAGGAAUAUAAAAAAGAUUUGGAAAAUGAAAUAAAAGGGAAAGGAAUGGAACUCAGUUCAGAAGUUCUCGAUAUUCAGAGAGCAAAGCGAGCAUCUGAAAUGGCCAGCGAGAAAGAAUACAAGAAAGACCUGGAGUCAGAAAUUAAAGGGAAGGGAAUGCAAGUUGGCACUGACACCCUUGAAAUCCAGCGUGCCAAGAGAGCUGCUGAAAUCGCCAGCGAGAAAGACUAUAAACGAGACCUGGAGACUGAGAUCAAAGGGAAAGGAAUGCAGGUCAGCACGGACACUCUUGACGUGCAGCGGGCUAAGAGAGCAUCGCAGAUGGCCAGCCAGAAACAAUAUAAGAAGGACUUAGAAAAUGAAAUUAAGGGGAAAGGCAUGCAAGUGAGCAUGGACAUCCCAGAUAUGCUUCGAGCCAAGAGGGCAUCUGAAAUCUAUAGCCAGAAAAAGUAUAAAGAUGAAGCGGAGAAAAUGCUCUCUAAUUAUUCCACUGCAGCAAAUACUCCUGAAAUGCAGCGAAUCAAGACCACUCAACAAAAUAUUAGUGCGGUAUUUUAUAAGAAAGAAGUGGGAGCCGGCACAGCAGUAACAGACACGCCAGAGAUGGAGCGAGUGAAGAAAAAUCAGCAGAAUAUUAGCUCAGUGAAAUACAAAGAAGAGAUUAAACAGGCAACAGCAAUUUCUGACCCUCCAGAGCUAAAGAGAGUUAAAGAAAACCAGAAGAACAUCAGCAAUCUUCAGUAUAAAGAGCAGAAUUAUAAGGCCACUCCAGUCAGCAUGACCCCAGAGAUGGAGAGAGUGAGGAAGAACCAGGAGCAGCUGAGCGCGGUGAAAUACAAAGGAGAGAUCAAGCAGGCGACUGCAAUUUCUGACCCCCCAGAGCUGAAGAGAGUGAAAGAAAACCAGAAGAACAUCAGCAAUGUUUAUUAUAAAGGUCAGCUGGGCAGAGCUACUGCUUUAAGUGUAACUCCCGAAAUGGAGAGGGUAAAGAAGAAUCAAGAAAACAUCAGCUCGGUAAAAUACACCCAGGAUCGUAAACAGAUGAAAGGUAGACCAAGUCUGAUUUUAGAUACACCUGGUCUGAGACAUGUGAAAGAAGCCCAGAACCAUAUCUCCAUGGUGAAAUAUCAUGAAGACUUUGAAAAGACAAAGGGAAGGGGCUUCACUCCUGUGGUGGAUGACCCCGUGACAGAGCGGGUGAGGAAGAACACGCAGGUGGUCAGUGACACUGCCUACAAAGGUGUCCACCCGCACGUGGUGGAGAUGGACAGGAGACCUGGGAUCAUCGUGGAUCUCAAAGUUUGGCGCACAGAUCCUGGCUCCAUCUUCGACAUUGACCCUCUGGAGGACAAUAUCCAGUCUAGAAGUCUCCACAUGCUGUCUGAAAAGGCAAGUCACUAUAGGAGACAGCGGUCUCGGUCUCAUUCCAGCAGUACUUUUGGUACAGGUCUGGGGGAUGACAAGUCAGAAAUCUCCGAGAUUUAUCCUAGCUUUUCGUGCAGCAGUGAGCUCACAAGACCAUCUGAUGACGGAGCACCGGUUCUUCCUGGAGCCUACCAGCAAAGCCAUUCCCAGGGCUACGGGUUCAUGCACCAGGCCAGCGUGUCAUCCAUGAGGUCCAUACAGCAUUCUCCAAAUCUAAGGACCUACCGGGCCAUGUACGACUACAGCGCCCAGGACGAAGACGAGGUCUCCUUCCGAGAUGGCGACUACAUCGUCAACGUGCAGCCCAUCGACGACGGCUGGAUGUACGGCACCGUGCAGAGAACGGGCAGAACAGGGAUGCUGCCGGCCAAUUACAUUGAAUUUGUUAAUUAAGUCUUUCUCCUUGCCCUUUGAGCUUUAUUCUAAUGUAUUCUAAAUCUGAUCUUUUUAAAAGAUAGACGAUACUUUUAAGAAAAUUUGGCAGUUAUUUUACAAUAAUGUAUCCUUACUUUGACAAGUAGACACACAGGUACCAGGAAGAAGGAGGGACUUCUGGGCUGGAGACAGCAGUGUUUUCAGGAAUUCCUGUACACAAAAUCGUUAAUGUCUGCAGACCUGGUGCUGCGAAUUGUGUUCGUGGUUUCUUUUGAUUGGCUAUUGAACCCUUCUGGGGAAAUGUAUUUUUGUAGACUUAUUUAAUAGAAGUGUUGAUUGUCCCUUCAAUGUCAUGAGUAAUAUGAGACUUCUUAGCUGUCACUUUGGAAUCAUCACCAAGAAGCCAAUUCUCUUAAUUCAGUAAUGCAGCCGAUAAUUUAAACACUGGUGAGUUUUGGAGUCAUUGGGCGAUUUCCAGCUCAGGCAAAAAUUGCCUAAUGCAGUAAAUGUAAGCAAUGGCAAAAUGACAGUUUGGUUAAAAUUAUAUGGACUGGUGGCCUUAGGGACCUAGAAACAUCCGCGUGCCCUGGGCUGACCGAGAUCUGUUUGUUUCUCAUUUGUACCAAGGCGUUCCCCCCUCUCCAUCUGCGUUCUCUGGACCCUGUGUAGCCUCAGCUCCACAGAAUGUCAGGACCAAGCACCUUCACAGCUACUCUGCAGAGGGGACACUGUGAUGUCAUCUCUCGUGUUUCCCUAGUAGCCCUGAGCCUGUUGCAUGUCCUGUAGGUUCCAGCUUUUGUAACAUAGGCAGCUGUCCUGCCCACCCCUGUAAUUAAAGAAAAAACCUUGGCUGCUCCUACAGCCCUUCCUCUAGCUGCUGGCUCAUCGAAUAACAUAUUUUGAGAAGUUGCUUGAGAUUUUCCUGCAUUGCACUCUAGUUUUGAAGGAUUUACAUCUUAGGAAAUAACACGUAUACUCUAGUAAAUAAGUGAUCUAGGUGUUUAUUGAACAGCUUUCAUUAACUUAACACUGCUGUUGAUUUAAAAAUGAAAAUGUUAUAGAAACCAGUGGAAAAAUGGAUUGUGGAAUGCAUGGGAGUCAAACCCAGCAAACAAAAAGUUAGCAACUCCACCUUGAGAUGAUGUAGCCUCCGGGUUUGGAAACUGCCAGUCAGAUUCUGGCAUGGAAAUCUAGCCGCUGAAAUUGGUCCAUCUGAAGACUUCCUGUCCACUUUCCAGCUUUUAUUUUCCAAGUCACCUUAAGCAAUGAGAUAGGAAUGUCUGCAGAGAUUUUCAGUGUAUGCCCCACAGGCUGUCCACUAAGAAAGAAAUCCUCGUCAUGCUUUGAUUUUCGAAUAAGUGACUCUGCACACCUCUGCUGUGUUCAUAGACAUGAGGGCGGCUUUUGCUGGUGGGCCCUGAAAUCUCACCUGGAGGCUGCAGUCCAGGUCACUGAGAGGUUGAUAUGUUUUUCUGGGGGUGCCCCUUCUUGUGACCUGCAACACGGUGGCUUUCAUGGAGGGUCUGACCCUGUGGUGAGGAUGAAACUGAAAAAGCAAAACUGCUAACUUGUAAUCAAUUGUAUGGGCCACGGGAAUGUCUGCCUUAUCUGAUAUUCAAGGAAGUUAGCAGCAGGGUCUGGAAAAUAUCUUUAUUGAGACACUUACUAGUCCAGAGGCCAAAGCUGAUUUGCUGACACUUCUGAUAAGUUAGCUCAAUCCUUUAGAAAUUCUGUAGUUUCGUUUGAGAAAAACUCAAAGAGCAAACACUUCAUUCCAUGAAAGGUUCAUCUGCAUGACACCGACAUAAAAUUGAAAAGAGAAAAAUUUAGGCAAAUAACUAGAGAUUUUUUUGGAGGGCAUUUUACAGACUACUGAUAACCAGCUUGACUGAAUUUCUCUCAUUGAAAUGACGGUCAUGACUAAAUUGAUUAAACCCAUAUCAGUUCUGAUAUUUUAUACACAAACAUGCAAAGACAACUCAACUUGUGAUAAUUUUACAGAAAUCUGUGCAUUAAAGUCCCAGGCAAUAAGCCUGCCCAGUUUUAUUAUAAAGUACGUAUUUAUGUUUCACCCAAGUAGACCACUUUUGGUGUUUAUAGAAAAGAGAGAAGUUGUUGAUUAAAUUUCCAGGCUAAAUGUAGGACAGGUACAAUUUUUGAGAAACAGCACAUUUACAGCACAUUUCUAGGAAGCUGAGAGGAGAUUGUCCUGAAGCAAUGCUUACAAUCAGGAAACUUUCCAGAAAGCAGCAGUUUGAUAUCUCAUGUUUUUCUCACCUACUGCUUUCAAAAUCAUAUUCAUUCAAUGUAAAGUCAAUACAUAUUUGGGGAGUAAGUCUCCUGAAUUUUUAAACUGCACAGAAUGCUCACAUAGCAAGAUAUUCCUGCUUCUAGCCUUUAGGAAUUUGGAUCUGAUCAUAAUUUAACUAGAGGGCAAUUACUUUACAAUAAAGACAGAGGAAGAACAAGACAUCGCAUGCAGUUGGGUUGUCAUUUGAUGGUGUUCGCAUAGUACUAAAGCUUUGUCAGGAUACUAAGCAUCUCAGUAGAACAAUAAGAAAUACACAUGUGUAAUACCAAAGUGCUAUUUUUACAGCCUCAUUUUUAAAAACAACCAUUCUGGAAACAACGUUUCCAGCUGGCACGUGCCUUCUGUGCACCUUCAGUUUGGCCACAGUUAUCUCAUACAUAACACAGCUAAAGAAGAAUUCUAAAACAAGUCUUUAAAAAAUGAAGUUAUUGAGACUGUAAGUGCCCGAGCACAGAGAGCAUGCACCUGAUUUUCUAAAUGGAAUGUGUUCUCAAACCUGACUAAAGCACAAGGGGUAGUUGGAUACGCUUUAAAAAGGUUUUGACAACAAAAUUGGUUGUAGAUCAUAUCUCUCUUGAGAAAAGUAUCACAACAGAGUAUCUUGCUUUUGUUGUUUUGUGGUAAAUGUUUCUACUAAUUCUUGUUCUCUGGAAAGUUUUCUAGUUGUGACCUAUUGCGAAAUGAAUGCUUCAUGUCUUCUUGUUACUGUUUGUACAUCACAGGGUAACUCAGUUUGAAAUAUGUAUCUGGUUGUCAGCUCUCCGCAGAGGCCGUGUGUCUGACUGCCAGAGACCACACAGGGAUGUGUAAGCACAAUGCCCACAAGCACCUUGUCUGAGCGAGGCUGGCCUCCGAGCGGCCCCUGGCCUGGCCCUGGCCUGCAGAGGAUGAGACUACGGGUCUGCCACACUCUUUCUUUCCUUGCCUCUUUGUGCUGAGCUUUAUAGCACUCCGGGAAUUGGGAAAACAAUGGAAAGAGAGGGUGGAAGCACUAGUGGCACCCCUUAUUUUCAGGUUCAUGAUUUCCCAUGGAAUGUUUUUAAUAAAGAGAUAAUGUCUAUGAUCUUUGAUAACAUAGCCCUAUACAAAGUGGACAUAGUUUAUACCAAAAUUAUAGUAAUAGAUACAUAAAAAAAGAGGUGCCUUUUUGAUUACCCUGUUUAUCUAUUAUGGUCUUGGGAAGAAAACUAAAUGAGCAAACUUCUGCCUAUUAUUCUAUAGGAAUAUUUUAUUAUACAUGAUGGGUAUUUUUGUGGUGGGGUUGGGGAAUGCUCCUGCGAGGUAUUAAUGGUGGUAGCUAAUUGUAUUGUAUUUUAACUCUAAAGGUUUAGAACUUUAGAAAAUGUUGGCUUCUUCCAUCGAUUUCUGAAAGGUUCUUUAUGGAUUAAUAUAUAGCUGAGAUAUGGAGACAUUAACUUUAGGUUUGGGGUUUGAAAUACUAGUGUAAGAGAAUAAUUUUGUUAGAAGGCUGAAUUCGCUAUGUAAGAUGAAUUUCACCUAAUACGUUAAUUAUACCUUAGCUAUUUGCUUCUGAUAAUCUAAAGUGGCUAGAUUGCUGAUGUUUUGGGUAAUGUGACAUGGAGAUGAGAUAGCUUUCAUUGAGCAAGUAGCUGUGUAAACUCGAUGAAGGAUGCUAAAAUGAGAGUCUCUUUCUGAAGUAACCCACAAGGGCCCUUUCCAAUUUCAACUGUUGAUGAUCAAGAAUGUCAAGACCUCAUAUGAGACCUCUGUGGUCGUCGUUCCGUGAUGCUCACACUACUAGAAUCCACAAGCCUGGAAAGAUCCCCAGGCAAAUUUUCUCCCCAGUUGUCCACAUUACUUUGGUAGAUUUGUGGGAAUUCCAUAUGCUUUUUGUGUUUGAUAAUAUGGUAUUCAGUUUGCAUAGUAUCUGCGUCUUUGUAAUCCAGUCGCUGUUGAGAACGAUUUGCUUUAAAGGAAAAGAGAAAACUGUAUCACAGUCCCAUUCUCCAGCGUCCAUAUAAUCAGCUGCUACACAUUUUGGGAAGCAGCACCAAGUAUGUGACAGGCAUGAUACAGAACUGUUGGCCUUUGACCUGUGAUAAAAAUGCAAAAUCGCACCAUUUUCUCCUUCGAAAUAUGUAGAAUUGUGGUUGAUGAUAAAUGUGCAAGACUGUACUAACAUUGAGAACCUAACAGUUUUGAAGAAAACAUUCAAAAUGCUUUUCAAAUGAAGGGGCUUACAGAAUGAUACAAUGUUCUUAACAUAAUUUGGCUUUUGUUAUGCAAAUUGUUAACACCAGCUAUUAAAAUAUAUUUUAGUAGAAAUGCUUUAAUUCAUGUUUUUUUCCUCUACACUGUGAAUCUUUAAGCCUUGGUGGACUAGAGCAACAUCAUGCUGUCCAAAGGACUAACCUAUGCAAACUAGUUCACAUUUUAGUGGAUGUCACAGUAGACGUGUAAUGAGACAUUAUUUCCCCCUGCAUAAUGUACAAUGGCAUUGAAAUUACACAUUUAGCCCAGCAUCAUGUAUGUAUAGUACAGUCACUCACAGACCCUUCAAGGCUAUCAUAAUCAUUAGUAUUAGUAUUCAUGUAAAAGCAAAUCCAUGAUUUUUCAAUGGAAGAGACUUGAACGAUGUGAGAAGGACAAUGAGCGAUGGGCUCGUCGGCCAUGGCUUUUGUGUGGUCCCUGUAGGUGGUCUCCUAUGAUAGAACUGUGUUCUCAGAUGCACUCUCUUCAGGGUCUUAAAAGUUGGUGUCUUUUUCUGUAUUUGUAAAACAUUAUAAUGCAUUAAUUUCCUAUCUCUACACAUCUGGUUUGCUUAAAUAAAUGCAGGAUGUAACAAA